CGAGGUUUGCUCGAUUGUUGUCGCGUGGUCAACGGUCUCUUUGCUCUCGAGAUACCUGGCACGUAAGGUCAACGCGUCCCUGCGCUUUCGUCCAACGGAAACACCGAAAGUUGGUGAACUCGACCUCUCGCUUAAUUAGCCCCGAUCUUCUCAAUCAACAUGACGUCUGAAAUUAUCAGCAACACUGACUCGAAAUUCGCCCUUCCCGCCGAAGGCAAUUUCAAGGUGGUGACUUACGACAUCAUGACGACCGGGUCGAGCUUGGCCGACGACCUUUGCAGCAUCGUGGCGUACAGCCCUGCCGACGACAAGUCCUUCACCCAGCACAUCAUGCCCUACAACAACCUGUCCCUGGGGGCCUGCAGGCGCUACAGCCUCCGCAUCGUCUCCAACGGACGCUACAGGGUGCUCAAGGACGUCAGGAACAACAAGGUGCUGGAGACAAAGUCCGACUACAUGGCAUUGCUCGACUUCCUCGAGUUCCUGCGCUCGGUCAAGGGCGACUCGGACGGGCUGAUCCUGCUGGCGCACGACUCGCGCAAGUUCUUCUGCUCGCUGCUGCUCGACGUCAUCACCAAGGUGCACCUGCGGGACGAGUUCUGCGCCCUGGUCAAGGCCUUCGCCAACAGCUACGCCAUCGCCGAGGUCAAGUGCGCCAAGCCCGGCCGCUCCCUCUCCCUGCGCACCCUCGCCACCUCCCUGCUGACCGCCGAGGGCCAAGAACUCAACCUCGCCGACAGGGCCAAGACUGCCUACCUCCUCACCUCUCACAUCUUUGAGACCGAGCAAGCCGAAGCUGGCGCAGGUGAUCAAAAGAUGACUCCGGAGAUGGUCUCAGUGUGCUUGCGUCCGUUCACCGUCAACAUGGACGGCGUGGACAAGGAGACGUCCGAGAUCGUGAGCUUCCGGAAGCGCGAGGAGUCGCUGCUGCCCCUGUUCACCAAGAUGCGCAACAACCGCAACGACCGGCAGCGCAGCUUCAUGCUGCUGCGCCUUCUUGCGCACUCGAACAUCGACUACUGCAUCCUGUCGGACAUCUACCAGAAGGGCGGCAUGGACGCCAUCCAGGAGGUGCUCAAGUGCACCAUGGACAAGGAGCACACCCGCGAGAUCGAGGAGCUCAAGCACGUCUUCGCCAUGCACUUUGACCCCGAGUACAAGGGCCAGUUCAAGCCGGAGCCUCUGCCCAGCGCCGAGCGUCCGGCCAACAACAAGCAGGGCGGCCAGGGCAACGGCCGCCGCUUCUACCGCCGCCGCAACAGCAACAACAAGAAGACCGGCAAGCGCAACUCGGAGAGCCAGCCGAGCUCCCCGACCGAGGACGUCACCCCUGUCGCCAUCCUGAUCACCGACGAGAACGAGACCACCGUCACAGUCGCAGCCCUCUAAAGCUGUGUCCUGAUUUUUGCGCACGGUAUCUCUAGCAAAACCCCUGAAAACUUGUCAAUGUGCCCAGAGCACACCAAAGUAUAUUAAUUCUCAUGUGUUAAGAAUUAAGAACUGUUAAAAAUAUGGUUCCUAAUUCAGAGUUUAUAUAUUUACAUAUCUUGUUCCUGGCCACAGAUUGACAAUAAUAUUAUUUUUGUCGUGAUCGAUGCCUUGUUCAGAAAUAAAACACAUUGUCGCAUAAAAAAA